AUUGAACUCUCAGAUGACUAUGGGCAUCCAGCACUGUUGCUUGUUGAUGGGGUGUCUUCCAUAUGCGCUCUUGAUUUCCGCAUGGACGAAUGGGGAGUUGAUGUUGCUUUAACUGGCUCUCAGAAAGCUCUCUCUCUUCCCACUGGGAUCGGUAUUGUGUGUGCUAGCCCCAAAGCUCUGGAGGCCUCUAAAUCCGCAAAAUCGGUGAGAGUCUUCUUUGACUGGAACGACUACUUGAAGUUCUAUAAGUUAGGAACAUAUUGGCCCUACACCCCUUCCAUCCAGUUGUUGUAUGGGCUGAGGGCAGCUCUCGAUCUCAUUUUCGAGGAAGGACUCGACAAUGUGAUCGCAAGGCAUAGUCGUUUGGGGAAAGCAACAAGGCUUGCUGUUGAGGCAUGGGGGUUGAAGAACUGCACCCAAAAGGAGGAAUGGUACAGUGACACAGUGACUGCUGUUCUUGUUCCUCCUUACAUUGAUAGUACAGAGAUUGUUAAAAGAGCAUGGAAAAGAUACAAUCUGAGCUUAGGACUUGGCCUGAACAAGGUAGCUGGGAAGGUUUUCAGAAUAGGGCAUCUUGGUAACCUGAAUGAG